CAAAAAGAAAAAAACAGUAACCAAUGUCUAAAGGAAACGAUUGACGGUGUGGUUGUUCCAUCAGAAUCGGAGGGGAGGGGAGGGGAGGCUCCAAGUUCGAUCCUUUCGGAGAAACUCUAUUUUUCAAUCACAAUCAACAUGAAAAGCCGAAACGCUUAUGUUCCACCUCCUUACAUACCCUUGGGACAAUCGGACCAAGAGCUUCCUCCUCCUGCUGGGGAUGGACCUGCUUCGCCGCCGCAGUCGCAGUCGCAAUCGCAAUCGCAAUCGCAAUCGCAAUCGCAAUCGCAAUCGCAAUCGCAAUCGCAAUCGCAAUCUCAAUCUCAGCCUCGUCAGUGGUCCUCCGGAAUCUGUGCUUGUUGCGAUGACAUGCAGAGCUGUUGUAUAGGUCUUUUCUUUCCCUGCUUUUUGUUCGGAAAGAAUGCACAAUUUAUGGGUUCCGGUACUUUAGUGGGAUCCUGCCUCACCCAUUUCAUUCUUUGGGCUUUUGCCAACACUUUCUGCUGCAUGUUAACUCAAGGCCUUUUCUUGGGCUUACCUGGAUGCUUUGUCUCUUGUUAUGCUUGUGGCUACCGGAGGGCGCUUCGAGCAAGAUACAAUUUGCAGGAAGCACCUUGUGGGGACUUGGCUACUCACUUUUUCUGCCAUCUAUGCGCCAUUUGUCAAGAGUACAGGGAGAUUCGCGAGAGGGCAGGGGAUUGUGAACCCCCUGAUCUUAAGCUGGGUGUGGUCACUGCUGCACCAGCUGUCCAGACAAUGGAAUCAUCAGCUGUGUAGAACUAUAAUGCUAUUGCUGCGAUGUAGUUUUCUGUCCAGCACCUGCGAUGUGUUCAGGGUUGUACUUGUUGAUCUCUUUUUACAGAAGCUGAGCUGCCAGGACAUGUAUUAACAUUUGGUUCAAAGACUAAGAUGAGGGAAGGUUUUUAUUCUGAUUUGUUAUUAUGAUUUUUUUAAAAAAUUUUAUUUAUUUGGGCUUAAUGGGAAACAACAAGAGAAGUUUUAUUUUCCCAUGAUCACGGCUGCAAUUGCAAUAUUUUUAAUUAAUUACAUGAGAAAUUUUUUAAGUUUAA